AAGGGAGCUGUGCUUGAGGCCUUCUGUCACCUGGAGUGGAGGUUGUCAAGACAGACAUGGGAGUCCACUGGCAAGGAAUGCUGUCGCUGUCUCUCAUUGCCCUCAUCACAGUGAGAGUGGCAGGGGAGAGUGCCGCUGGGCACAGUCGGCGCGUGCACCGCAACCACCAAGCCAGCCACUCGGCGUCCCACCACUCGCACCCCCACGGGCAUCGCGCCUCUCGGCCACAGCAACACCACUCGUCUCCCUGCGACAACGGCACGGGACACCCCACCGACAAGGGCCACCCCCUGGGUCCUGUGUUCCAAGAGCAGCCGGUGGACACGGAGUUUUUCGAGGAGCAGCCCGACAGGACCGUCACGCUGCACUGCUGCGCUCGAGCCAACCCGCCCGCCUCCUACAGGUGCCGUCACGGGGCAGCAGCGCCGCCUCACACACACAGCCAUGCACGGCACGCGCACGGCGUGCACUACAACGUCAGCAGCUGCUGCUGCUGCUGCCAUUCGGCACGAAGUGGUGACGUCAGCACAGAAUUUGAGCCGGACUCUGCACUUUGA